AUGUCUCCGUCCUUGACCAGCGUACAGUCAGUCGCCCAGCCGUGCCUUCAAUCGUUCCAGCAACGGCUUCACCCGUGCCGCGGGCUCGCAACAAGGACUAGUACCGACAGCUCUCUCCCUAAGACCGAUAGUUUUUCAAUAGUCGAGUCAACUGGUUUCGGCUGUAGUAGUCCUGCAGAGAGCGCUGCUGUACAGAGUGCCUUAGCCGACGUCAGCGCGGGAAUGUUAGCCGGUCAGGUUCCCGAAAUUACCCCCGACGGUUCUGGCGGUACUUAUAUGCUUCGUGAUGCGACCGGCGAAUCGCGCAUUGCGGUUUUCAAGCCUAUGGAUGAGGAGCCGCUGGCCUGGAAUUGCCCUCGAGGGAUGCCGCCGAGCGAAACGGGCGAAGGAUUGAAGCGUGGGACUCGCGUUGGCGAAGGCGCGUUUCGUGAAGUCGCAGCGUAUCUUCUGGACCACCCACUUCGCGAAGGCGAUGCAGAGGGUUUCGCAGGAGUGCCUCGAACCGCACUGGUUACAUGCGACGUCAAAUUCUUUGCGUCUUCAUUGGGCUCUCCAGUUUCAAUUCUAGGCGGCCUGUCUUCUGCUGAGUUCGGUUCAAGGAAGAUUGGUUCGUUGCAGCAAUUUGUCCCCGCUAUAAGCAAUUGCGAGGAUAUGGGUCCGUCACGGUUCGCUGCUUCGGAAGUUCACAAAAUUGCCAUUCUGGAUAUGCGGCUCGCGAAUACUGAUCGGAACGGCGCCAACAUCCUGGUGAAAAGCGACGAGGCAGAUUUGAAGCUCAUCCCAAUCGACCAUGGAUACUGCCUUCCGGAGACGUUGGAAGACUGUACAUUCGAGUGGUUGUACUGGCCUCAAGCGAAGCAGCCUCUAAGCGAGGAUGUCAGGAAUUAUAUUGAGAGGCUUGACGCCGAAGCUGACCUGGCGCUUCUACAGGCGGGUGGGUGGGCCGUGAACGGCGCAUGCGCACGCGUGUUUCGCGCGGCGACGCUCCUGCUUAAGAAAGGGUCGGCUGCAAAUCGAACGGUCUUCGAGAUUGGCUCCAUGAUGGUUCGCGACGAUCCCGAGGUUCCAUCCGCGUUAGAAGACAUGCUGGCACGUGCGGAAGAUAAGGCGCUGAGUGGAGCAGCAGGGGGUGAUGUUUUUAACUGCCUGGGUGAUAUCGUUGACGUUCACUUUGACUCUACUGCGAAUAACCCUGCAGAGAGUGCUGCUGUACAAAGAACCUUGGCUGACGUCAGCGCGGGAUUAUUAGCCGGCCAGGCUCCUGAAAUUACCCCCGACGGUUCUGGCGGUACUUAUAUGCUUCGCGAUGUGACCGGCGAAUCGCGCAUCGCGGUUUUUAAGCCGAUGGAUGAGGAGCCAUUGGCUUGGAAUUGCCCUCGAGGGAUGUCGCCGAGCUUAACGGGCGAAGGACUGAAGCGUGGAACUCGCGUUGGCGAAGGCGCGUUUCGCGAAGUCGCAGCGUAUCUUCUGGACCACCCACUUCGCGAAGGCGAUGCAGAGGGUUUCGCAGGAGUGCCUCGAACCUCGUUGGUUACUUGCGACGUAAAAUAUUUCGCGUCUUCAUUGGGUUCUCCAGUUUCAAUAUUGGGCUGCCUGUCUUCUGCUGAGCUCGGUAUAAGGAAGAUUGGGUCGUUGCAGCAGUUCGUCCCCGCUAUAAGCAAUUGCGAGGAUAUGGGUCCGGCUCGGUUCGCUGCUUCGGAAGUUCACAAAAUCGCUAUUCUGGAUAUGCGAAUGGCGAACGCGGAUAGGAACGGCGCCAACAUCUUGGUGAGAAGCGACGGUGCAGAUCUGAAGCUGAUUCCGAUCGACCACGGAUACUGCCUUCCGGAGACGUUGGAAGACUGUACUUUUGAAUGGUUGUACUGGCCUCAAGCGAAGCAGCCUCUAAGCGAGGAAGUCAGGGAAUAUAUCGCGAAACUUGACGCCGAAGCUGAUCUGUCGCUGCUGCAGGAAAAUUGCUGGGCCGUGAAAGACGCGUGCGCGCGUGUGUUUCGCGCGGCGACGUUACUUCUGAAAAAAGGGUCGGCGGCAAAUCGAACGGUCUUUGAGAUUGGCUCCCUGAUGGUUCGCGACGAUCCCGAGGUUCCGUCCGCGCUAGAAGACAUGCUGAGUCGUGCGGAAGAGAAGGCGCUGAGUGGAGCAGCAGGAGGUGAUGUGAUUAACUGUCUGGGUGAAAUUAUUGACCUCCACUUUGAGUCUAGGGCCGAGUAG